AUGUCUUUUUUCAAUGGACUUUUAAUGGCCGAAGAUGGUUAUUUUGAUGCCAAUCUUUUGCCCGUUUCACUGCCUGUUAGUUCAUACAAAGUUGGUUUUCUUCAGGGCCGCAAUGAAUAUUUCGGUGCCAGCUUAUUGCCCUUUGUUGUGGCCGUUCAUCAUGCAUACAAAUUCGUCCUGACAACCUACGAGGGUAAUCCUAAUAGUUUUGCUGAGUUUAAUUUGGCUUCAUGUGCAAUCUACAUAAAAUUGACCAAUCUCGUCUGCAAGCCGAAUUCCAAGUAUUUCCAUAAUCAUACUUGUGCGUUAAAGGCAAUAAAUCGCUACAAAUCUGUGGUCAGCAUGGAGUGUCAUAUAAAGGGAGAACUGCACAAUUUAACGGCAAACGGGGCACUUUUUGUUCGAAAUUCGGUGAAGAAGUAUUAUCCCUUCUUGAUAAAUGUAACCUUAAGCGUAUGCAAACUUCUGGAUAACAAUGUUAUAGGGGUAUAUCCAAGAAUUGCAAGAGCACUUUUGGCUCGGUUCACCAAUAUCAAUCAUUCGUGUCCCUACACGGGAGUCAUAUGGGCCCGCGAUGGUUAUAUGGAUGCCGGCUUGUUGCCCUUUGCAGCACCCGCUCAUAAUUCGUACAAAGCCGUUUUGACUGUCUAUGAGGGUUAUCCAUUGGUUAGUAUUGGAUUUGUGGAGUUUUAUGUGGACAUUGUAGAAUCUAGAAACGGUUUCUUCACCAAAUCUCCCAAAAAGGGGAAAAAUUAAGGCAUUUGCGUUUAAAGAAAUUUAUAUAAAAGUUUUUAAUGAAUUAAAAAAUAUUGCUCGCUGGUUUAAAAAAAUAAAAGCAACUUUACUUUA